GAGGAGCCAGCGGGCUCCGCCGCCCCUGCGCCCCCCCACCGCCGCCGCAUUUCGCGGCCGGCCGCCGCGGAGCAGGGCGCGGGGGGGGGAUGAUGGAUCCGCGGCUGCGGCUGCUGACGCCCCGCGCCCGCCAGCCCGCCGUCAAUGGAGGAGGACGUUGAGACCCGCAAGAUCAGCAGCAGUUUCCUGCGAGACCACAGCUAUGCCACGGAAGCUGACAUCAUCUCUACAGUAGAAUUCAACCACACUGGAGAAUUACUAGCGACAGGGGACAAGGGGGGCCGUGUUGUAAUAUUUCAACGUGAGCAGGAGAGCAAAAACCAGCCCCAUCGCAGGGGAGAGUACAAUGUCUACAGCACCUUCCAGAGCCACGAGCCGGAGUUCGAUUACCUGAAGAGUUUGGAGAUAGAGGAGAAGAUCAAUAAGAUACGAUGGCUCCCGCAGCAGAACGCAGCCUAUUUCCUGCUCUCCACCAACGAUAAGACUGUGAAGCUAUGGAAGGUCAGCGAGCGGGACAAGAGACCGGAGGGAUACAAUCUCAAGGAUGAGGACGGCCGUCUCCGUGACCCCUCCAUGAUCACCGUGCUACGGGUCCCCGUGCUCCGGCCCAUGGACCUGAUGGUGGAGGCCACGCCCCGGCGGGUGUUUGCCAACGCGCACACCUACCACAUCAACUCCAUCUCCGUCAACAGCGACUACGAGACCUACAUGUCGGCGGACGACCUGAGGAUAAACUUGUGGAACUUUGAAAUCACAAAUCAAAGUUUUAACAUCGUGGACAUCAAGCCAGCCAACAUGGAGGAGCUGACGGAGGUGAUCACGGCCGCCGAGUUCCACCCGCACCAUUGCAACACCUUCGUCUACAGCAGCAGCAAAGGCACCAUCCGGCUGUGCGACAUGCGCACCUCCGCCCUCUGCGACCGCCACGCCAAGUUUUUUGAAGAGCCCGAAGACCCAAGUAACCGGUCGUUUUUUUCCGAGAUCAUCUCCUCGAUCUCUGAUGUCAAAUUCAGCCACAGUGGGAGGUAUAUCAUGACCCGGGACUAUCUCACCGUCAAGGUGUGGGACCUGAACAUGGAGAACCGGCCCAUUGAGACCUACCAGGUUCACGACUACCUGCGGAGCAAGCUCUGCUCGCUCUACGAGAACGACUGCAUCUUCGACAAGUUCGAGUGCGUCUGGAACGGGUCCGACAGCGUCAUCAUGACGGGCUCCUACAACAACUUCUUCCGCAUGUUUGACCGCAACACCAAGCGCGACGUGACGCUGGAGGCCUCGCGGGAGAACAGCAAACCCCGCGCCAUCCUCAAGCCCCGCAAGGUCUGCGUGGGCGGCAAGCGGAGGAAAGACGAAAUUAGUGUGGACAGUCUGGACUUUAGCAAAAAGAUCCUGCAUACAGCUUGGCACCCCUCCGAGAAUAUCAUUGCCGUGGCAGCAACAAAUAACCUGUAUAUAUUCCAGGACAAGGUUAACUAGGAGGACAAGUUGUUCUUUAGGAAUCUCAUGUACUGAAUACUAGUAAACACAAGAUUUCAAAUGUUUCUUUUCUUUCUUUCUUUCGUUUUCCCUUUUCCUUCCUGUUCCUUUGUUCGGUUACUGCUCUGCAGACAGCGGUUGUGCCGAGGCGAGCGCUCCUGCACCCCCGGGGCACUGGGGGGGGGACCCCAGCCAGACACCCGCUUUCUGUUCCUUUACGCGUUGAGAGCUGAGGCGCGCGGGGCGGCUGCAGCCGCGGCGGGGAGGGGACGCGGGGGCCGGGGCCCUCGGGGGUUCCGCUGCCAGCAGACCCGCGCCGGUUGUUUUAAACCCGAUCCUAGACAUAGUCCGCCUGUUACGUUGCCAGGUCAGAACGUUGUCCCCCCCCACCCCCGUUGCCAUUUUUCGCAUUUGUCUUUUUAUUAUUAUCAUUUUGUGUUUUUACCAACAGAGACAGCAAAACCAAACAUAAAAUGGGAAAGUUCAGAUUUGCAAAGGACAAGCUUAAAGGGGGGGGAUCUGCUGCACACUGAGACGUGUCUGCUCUAGCCAGGCUGCUGCCUUCCCCCCACCCCACAGAAACUCUCCUGAGGAUUUGGCUUUGUAGAUACUGUGGUGCCUUUUUUGGUAUAUGAAAUACCUUUAUAAAUGAUGCUUCCGAACUGCAUUGAUUGCAAACCAAAUUGAAACCUGGGCUUCUCUCCUGCAUUUCUUGUCUUUUGCUUUGGUCAUUUUUACUUGUUCUGUUGUAAGUUCUUGCACGCUGUGACUGUCUCUCUCUCUCUCUCUCUUUCUUUUUAAAUUAAUUUAUUUAUUUAUUCAUUCGAUUUUUUUUUAAGAUAAAGUAUAAGUUGCUAAUUUAUGACCUUCUAAAAAAGAACCCAACCAUAUAUUGCUGUUAGCACCUGACUGCUUCAGAGAGAGGCUGUCUGUGGUCCUACAUUAAUAACAAUAAUAAUGAUAAUAAUAAUAAAAACAAUAACUCUUCCUCUUUGCAUGGCAAGGCUGCCUCUUUCUACUCUAAAGAUUGUUCAGGUCCCUCUUUUACCUGAGCAACUGUUCAAUAAAAAAAAAAAAAACUACUGAAUUUUCAGUCCAUCUGAAAAAUUUUCCUGCAACAAAAAGCAAACGAAUAAAUAAAGGCAAUUAAAAACCUAUUCAACACUGUCACUUUAGCAGUGGCUGGGUGCGGGUGCCCGUGCUGUGCAGCUGUUCUGCGGGGGGGCAGCGGGGACCCCGCCAGCGCCCGCAGCCUGCCGGGGCCGCUCGCCCCACGCUGAGGGCAGAGUCCCCCCGGCUGCCCCGCGAGGGGUCCGGCGUGUCCCGCGGGGCCCCCCCGGCUCUCGCUCCCGCCAGCGGCCACGAACGGAGCACCCGGACCGGGCGGGAAAGCGGGAGCUGUGCGGCGGCGGGACCCCGGCUGCGCCCCGGCCCCUGGGACGGAGCCUCGGGGCGCUGACCUGCCGGGACACCCCGGCCCCGCCUCGGGGGCAGCAGCAGGGAGAGCCCCCCCACCUCCAGAGGAGAGAUCGCAAGGUAAAAAACAAAGUGCACUGGCUUAUAAAUUUAUUACAAGUGAUGGCUUUCAGGAGUGACCUUUUUUUUUUUUUUUUAAAUGAAAUGGUAAAAAAAAAAAGAGCAAGAGUAAAUGAACCAUUUUUUUAAAAAAAAAAUUGUUCCUUUUUGGUUCCUGUAAAGAAAGCCUGCACUCUGGUAUCAAAAGUAAAGUUGUCCCAAAUGUG